UGAAGACGCGAAAUCAUCAUCUACCAUCACCAAAGCAAACAACAAAUUUGCUUUCGCAAACGCUCUCUACAACAAUCAUCUGCUUGACAAAAAAGUAAGAAGCUAAGGACUCAGCGGCUAGACACGCAGCGAUCUCGACACAACAGCGAAGAAUAGCUCCAAGCAAUGGCCUCCAUGACAUCACCGGACCACGCGAACAUCAACAUGGACCCCCCUGACGGCGACAUCGAAGCGGUCGUCGGUUCCUUCCUCAACCUCCCAGCAGUCCCGGCCCUCGCGCAGCCCACCGCCGUCAAAGCCACGUCGGCCGACCAGGACGCGUCCACAGGCGAGACGAGCAGCGACGAUUCCGAGAGCGGCGACGAAGGCGACGACGGCGGCGAGCAGAUGGACCUGAUGCUGGCCGUGCUGCGCCUGCUGCAGAAGGAGAAGCCCAAGAAGAAAAAGGCGGGCGGCGCCGGGGGUAAGGGCAAGAGCAAGAGUAAGAGCAAUAGCAAGGCGGGUGAUACCGCGGCGCUGAUGAGCGGGGGCGGGUCGGCCAAGGAUCAGAAGCAGCUGCUGACGGUGCUGUCUAAGGCGCUCUCGACUAUGGACGCGCCUGAGGACGAGGAGCCCGCCACGUCAGCCCCGAAGCUGAAGCGCGCCAAGCUGAGCGCCGACGGAAAGUCCGCCGGUUCGCGCCAGAUGCCGCAGCUAGCGCGCUCCUGCGCGGAAGCCGCGGCGCCCGCACAGCAGAAGGGGAAUGGCGCAGGGUGUGGAGCGGAGGGGGGCGAGGAUACGAAUCUGCGCUGUUUCAUGGAUCAGCUGCCGCAGAUCGACGGUCACCUGGACGCCAUGAUCGCAGCGGUGGCAGAUGCGCCGCCGCAGGAGGCGCAGCCAUCCCCCACAGAGCACGUCAGCAGCAGCGCGGGGGCGAGCGCCAGGGGGUGCUCCGCGGAGCGGAAUGCGCGCGACGACGGCGCGGGAUCCGGCUCCCGGUUCCCCCAGCCCCACACGCCGCAUUUCUCGGGCAACGACAGGCAGCAAACUGGGUCGUGGGACGCCGUCAGCAGCAGCAGCAUGGACAGCUCCGCGGCCGCCGCCGCCGCCGCCGCUGCCGCAGCGCUCGCGGUUAACUCGCGGAAGCGCAAGUCGGCGGAAGACGAGGGGGCGUGCGCGGGGGGCGCGGGGAACGAGCAGGCGGCGAUCAGCAGCAGGUCGGCGUCUGAGGGGCGGUGGAACGGGAAUGGGCAGGCGCAGGAGUGCCAGCAGUACCGGCCGCUGUCGCUGCCGCACGCCACCAGCAACGGCCCUGUGGUGGUGAGCCGGCAGCAGCUGCAGCAAUCCGCGUGCAAGCCUCCCCUUCUCUCUCUCCCUGCUGUCUGCCUCGCCGCUCCUGGCGCUGGUGUUGGCGCGCCUCUGCUCCGCGCCCCCGCCUCCAAUGCCUCCGCCGCUUCUGCCCCGCCUCCCCCUGCCACCCCGCUCCGCCUGCUCACUGUCCCUGCUGACGUGUCUCCCACCGCUGCGCCCACGGCGCGCCCGAACGUGAUGGAGAGGUUCAGCGGUGUGAGGGAGGAUCUCUCGGCGGAGCAACCGCUAGGAUUUCCUGUGAGGUUUGGCAGCAGGGGUGGUGACGAAGCUGGUAACCAGGCAGCGGGCAUGGGCAGUCAUGGUUACAAUGAGGAUGUGAACGGGUGCGACGACGGAGGCAUGGGGUAUGAUGACAUGGGCGCGGACGACAUGGACGACUGGAUGCCGCGCAGCCGCGGGCGCAAGGACCGGCAGGUGGCGGGGGGGCGCAUCAAGGCGCGGAGCAUGGCGGAGAGGCAGAGGCGGGAGCGCAUCAGCGAGGGGCUGCAGAAGCUGCGCAUGGCGGUGCGCGGCCACGGGGACACCGCCACCAUGCUCGACAACGCCGUCGCGUACGUGCAGGCGCUGCAGCGGCGGGUCACAUCGCUGGAAACGAACCUGCUGCUGCACCAGGCGUCGUGCGGGGGGAUUGGCCAGGCUGGAGCUGCAUUGGGUGGGUGCAACGGAUCUAACUCCAAUAAUAGGGGCCGCCAUGCGAAUGGCUUCGUCAACCCCUCCCAGUUCGGGUCCCUCUUCUCCUUGGACGUUUAGGACAUCAAAUAAAUGGAUGCCCCGUACCUGUGGGUAACACAGUGGAAUAAAUUCCCAUUACUUGUGAAUUACCAUAGCCGACCCACCGGUAUAGCUUUGAAUAUUUGAGCCUUGAUUGACUAACUGAUAGCUUUAUGGUGUACAAUAUCGAGUUCAGUU